AUGUCUAAAGUAAAUUAAUUUGAAUAAAAAUUAAUAAAAACUCAACAGUAAUUUAAAUUAUCUAAUAAGAUGGAUUAAAAAGAUAAUUCAGAAGAAAGAAUUGUAAAAUUGGUCAAUAAAAACUAAACUUUAAGUAAUAAUAUUGAUUUUUUAUUGUAAGAAAAAAAAAAUAGAUGCAAUUAACUCCAAGUAAAAAUUGCUAAAUUAAUUCAAUCAGAUGAAUAAAAUCAUCUUUAAUAUGAGAGGUUAAAGAUUAAAUAUUUAGAUUUGAAAGAAAAUUUUAGAAUAAAAAUAAAUAAAAUUAAACAAUCAAUUGUUUAAUUAGGUGAUAUUAAGGAGUCUUUGAAUUAAUAAUUUAAUAGAAUAAGUAAUUUUAAUAAAUAAAUCUUGGAAUAAUUAUAAGUAUUUAUAACAUAAAGAAAAGAAUUGGAAGAGAUGAAGAGAGUAAAUUAAUAAAAUUAUAAUCUAAUAAAAUAAUUGAGAUUUUCUUAAGAAUAAUUAAUUUAAGAAAAAAAUUUGUUAUAAAAGAUUUUAGGUUAAAAAGAAGCCUAAUUUUCAAUUUUCCAGCUUAAAACUAAGGAUAUUGAAUUAUAAAAUUAAAUAGAUUCAGAAUAAUUAAAAUAGAAUAUUGUAUCUCUAAAGGCACGUUUAGAAAAUUCAAACAAUAAGUUUUAAGAUUAAAAAGAUAUAGAUUGCUAUAUAUAAGAAUAUACAUAGAAGGAUGAAUAAUAGAAGAAAAUGAAAAAUAAAAUAAACUAAAAUUCUUAAAAUAAUGAUUAAUAAAAAGAGUUAUAUUUUGAAUCAAAUGAUUGUGAAGUAAAAAGUGAGUAUGCUGAUGAAAACUAUGCAAAUAGCAAAAAUGAUGGUUGUUAGAUAGUUGAAGAAAAUAAUAAUGAAUAAUAAUUUGUAUCUGAAGGACCUGUAAAUAAUUGUAUAGAAAAUAAAGAUUAGAAUUAAUAAGAGAAUAUUUAUUUGGAAGGUGAAAGUUAUUUAGAAGAAGAUGACACAAAAAAAUUUGAUUUUAAAUAAUAAAAAUUAUCAGAAACUAAUAUUGAUUUAAAAGAAUAAUAAAUAAGUUAGGAAAUUGAAUAAACAAAAUAGAAUGAUAAAUAGGAUUAACUUAUAAAUACAGAUGAAAAUGAUUUAGAAUUAUUAGAUGUGUAAUUUGAUGAUGAUUUUUAUGAUGAAAUGGUAUAAGGAAAAAGUGAUAAAGAGAUAUAGAAAGUUAAACUCGAGGUAUAAACACCUUUAUACAAUAAUAUUAAUGAUUUUGAACAAGUAUAAAAAUUAGAGGAAAAUAAUUAAUAAUCAGGAUGGGACUUUGAAGGCUUUUGA